AUAUUUCCCCUUUCGUGUUCAUUACUGAUAAUGAUGCUGCAUUGAUUGGUGCUCUUAGAAGAAUUUUUCCUAAAGUCGAGCAUAUUUUGUGUAGUUGGCAUGGUUUUAUUAAUCUAAGGGACUAUAAGGAAUUAAAUUUUGCAAUUUCUGACUAUCGUAAACUAGCUACAUCUAGCUUAAAUACAGAGAAAGUUGUAAAAUACUUUGAAAGAAUGCUGCGAGUAAAGGAGAAAUGGGUUGGCGUCUAUACAAGCAAGCUUAUGCACUUUGGUGCAAUAACAACGCAACAUGUAGAAGGUGCACAUUCUGCUAUGAAACAUGCAAUCGAGUCUUCAGGAAGUUUGACGAAGGCUUUUAUUUCUUUGGACAGAUGGCUGCGCUUGCAUCAUGAAGAAACUUCCCUACAAUAUGAGAAGGAAAGUAUAGGGAUUGACCCUUUAUUAAUGCAGGAUAAUAAGGACCACUUGAGACCACUUUUGGGAAGAGUAUCUCAAUUUGCACUAAAUAAAAUCAAGUGCGAACUUUUUAAUGCAACCACAUAUGAAGCUUGCCUUUGUGAAUUAUGUGUUAAUUAUAAUUUACCUUGCCGCCAUCUGCUUCCAAUAAAAGGUCCUAUUUUGCUGUCGAUUAUUCCAAAACGAUGGUUGCUAUUUCCCGAGCAAGGUCAACUUGAUUCCAAUAACAUAAUUCAGAAUGAAUUAUUAGAUAAUUCAGAUAAUGAACAACAAAAAUCAUCUCUUUUAGAAAAACUUGAUGAUAUUUUGGCAAUCCCAGAAGUUAAACUUUCAGACAUAAAAGUUCCAGAACGAAUUAUAGGAAAAGGUCGUCCUUCUAGAACCAAACGAUUGCCAACUGCAUUAGAAUAUCAAGAACAAAAGCUUAGAUUAAAUUAUCGCAUUCCUGCUAAAGACUUAGACCAAGUAUAUAAUCCUCUAAGCGACGGCAAUUGUGGGUUUCGUGCACUUGCCAUUGCUAUUAGAGGAAACGAAGAAAAUUGGGAUCUCAUUAAAUUAGUGAUGAACGGCCAACUAAAUAAGCGCAUGGAAGUUUAUAGAGACUGGCUGGGCUAUGAUAUUGAUUUACUUAAGCAGAUAUUAGAGUCCAGAGAUUCACCUUGUCAAUCUUCACUCUGGUUUUUAUCACCUGAUUGUGCUCAAUUGGCUGCCAAUACUUUUUCGGUUCCUAUCGCUAUUUUCGAGGAAAGAGAUGAACAAAGUAUGUUGUUUUUUCUGCUAGAAACACCACCAAUUCGUCGAAGAAACCCAAUUAUCUUACAUUUUAUAAAUGGCAAUCAUAUCGUACAUUCUCGAAGACCAUUGGUCAAACCUUUUUACUUAAAAUUGGAAAUAUGG